UUUCAUAACCUUCGUAGAAGAAAUGGCACGUACCAAGCAGACCGCUCGUAAAUCAACUGGUGGAAAGGCUCCACGUAAGCAGUUGGCAACGAAGGCCGCUCGUAAGAGCGCGCCUGCAACUGGAGGAGUGAAGAAACCCCAUCGCUACAGGCCUGGAACCGUUGCUCUUCGUGAAAUCAGAAGAUAUCAGAAGAGUACCGAGCUUCUCAUCCGUAAACUGCCUUUCCAGCGUCUGGUUCGUGAAAUCGCUCAGGACUUCAAGACCGACCUGCGUUUCCAGAGCUCCGCUGUCAUGGCUCUUCAGGAAGCCAGCGAGGCCUAUCUAGUUGGUCUGUUCGAAGACACUAACCUUUGCGCCAUCCAUGCCAAGCGCGUCACCAUCAUGCCUAAAGACAUUCAGCUGGCUCGUCGUAUUCGUGGAGAGAGAGCUUAAUUUGCUUCUUUCUAUCUAUUCACAAACGGCCCUUUUCAGGGCCAAAAUUUGUUAAACGUAGUAACACUGAAUUUCAACUGGUACGCUGCCCUUUGAGAAGCUCUGUUAAAGAACGUUCUUUGAUGAUGCUUCACACAUACAUAUUCCAGAUUAAUAUCAUAUACCUAAUCCGUUCUUCUAGAAUAUCAGUUACGCUUGCAAUUAGUAAAUGCUGAUUAAAGCAAAGGAGUGGUUGUAUUAUCGUUCUUCUACCUCGACACGAAACAUGUUAAGGACUGAAAGUAUAAUUAAUCUAAUUCGAUGUUAAAUAUUUUUUAGGUUUAAUUGACAAUUUAUAUUAAGUUUUUACGUACUUUCCUACAGCAGUAUAUUGUUAACUCAUAUACUGCCAACUACUAGAUAUUUCGUAGUCGAUGCUGACUAUGAUGCGACUGUUACAGGAUUUUUUUAAUAUUUUGUUCUACCUAAGCAAUUUGAAGUUCGAGACCAGUCCAUCCAACAUUUACUUAUUAUUUCUUACUUAUUUAUCUAUUUAAACAAAAAAUGCUAGUGUUUAGAACACAUUUUUUCAAAACAGGCUUGGCAACGAAUAUGUUAAAACGUCCUAAAGCUUGGUCCAUAAAGGAAUCUUAUUAAGGUAGUAGAGACAACGGAUUUUUAUGAAAUUUUGUGCACCAAAAUAAAAUUCAGAUCAAGA